UCUUUAUGUCUCCCUCUUACACAUUACAUUUCUGAAAUUCCAUUACUAAUUCUUCUAACCUCACUUGGGUUUGUUUGUGUUUUGACGUUCUGGGAUGUUUUGAAAAGGGAGCAGGUUUUUCCAGGAUUUCCCCGUUUUCCCAGCUGGAAAAUGGAACUUUUCCGCACUAAUGAAUUUUAUAUUUUCGUGAAGGGCCAAUUUUCACUGUGGUGGGAUCGGAACACUGGUGUCUUCAUCCCCAAAACUGGUUGGGAUCUAACAGAAGCUGAAGACCCGAUAUGCCUUGGACUAUGCGACGGUAUAAUUGGAAAAGUCGAACAUAUUCCCCUUUUCAAUGCACGUCUGUUGCUAAUCAAAGAAAGUGCCCUAGUAGGAAAAUUGCACGGUGACAACGAAGUGUACAAGGUAAAAUCGGUUGUAUUUCUUCCCCUAAGCACCGAAAAUGUGGAGCUUUCGCUGCGGCCAUGCCCCAAGCAUCAGUCCAUUGGAAUACGGACAGGACGGACCAACAAAAACUCCCUGCUCGAGCUGCAAAAGAACACGCUAAGUAAGACAUGGGGCACCUUGAGAGUGGCUGGGAAUACCAUCAAGAAUACCACCCAGCAAGCGGCUGCGAUUGCAUCGGGAACACCCAAGAGGGAAAUCAAGGAUAAGGACAAGUUUGAAAGGCAGAUUAUCGAGGAAUUUUACAAAAUCUUUACUGAUGCCAAUUCGUUUUACUAUUCGCGUACCACGGACUUGACCAACUCGUUGCAGAGACUGUGCUUUUUGGAAAAAGAGCAACGUGUCGACCCAAAUUGUCUGUGGAAAACUGCCGACGAUAAGUUUUUUUGGAAUAAACAUAUGUUGGAUUGUUUGCUCAAAAGCCAGAAUUCCCUAUGCAAUCCGUGGAUUAUGCCCAUUAUCCAGGGCUACAUACAAAUUGAAGCUUGCAAAGUGGAAGUGGGCCCGUUUCUUGGGGAAGAGGCAAAAAACAAGCAAUACGAAAUAUUCACAUUGGGGAUUUUGUCCCGGCGAAGCCGAUUUCGAGCUGGAACUAGAUACAAACGCCGUGGCGUGGAUGAAGACGGCGAAGUGGCUAAUUAUGUGGAGACCGAACAAAUAAUCAUGUACCAAAGCCACGAAGUGGCUUUUCUGCAGGUUCGAGGCUCGGUUCCGGUCUUCUGGUCGCAACCUGGCUAUAAAUACAGGCCGCCGCCCAGAUUAGACAAAGGUAACUUAUUCGUUCAUAUAAAAGCCGCACCGCUACUUGAUUGCUUUGUUCCAGGUGAAGCAGAAACUAGCAUAGCUUUCGAGAAGCAUUUCUCUGAGGAAAUUAGAAAGUACGGUCCAGUUUGCGCCGUUAAUUUGGUAGAUCAAACUGGCAAGGAAAAGGUCAUUUUUGACGCCUACUCGCACCAUAUGCUGCUGCUGGAUAAUCCGUUCCUUACAUAUGUAACGUUCGAUUUCCAUGAAUAUUGCAAGGGCAUGCAUUUUGAGAACGUUUCAAUCCUGAUCAGUGCCGUUGCCGACGUGAUUAAAGACAUGAACUACUGUUGGCGAGACAGGCAAGGACAUAUUUGCUCGCAAAAUGGGAUAUUUCGCGUCAAUUGCAUGGACUGUCUCGAUAGAACUAAUGUGGUUCAGACCGCUCUAGGUAAAGCCGUAAUGGAAAUUCAAUUUUGCAAACUCGGAUUGGUGUCGCCGGAAGGCGACAUUCCUGCGAAUAUAAAAAACACCUUUCAACUGCUCUGGGCGAAUAAUGGCGACGCCAUUAGCAAGCAGUAUGCAGGGACGAAUGCCCUUAAAGGUGACUACACGCGCACUGGAGAGCGAAAAUUCACCGGCAUAAUGAAAGACGGCAUGAAUUCUGCGAACAGAUACCUUAAGAAUCACUUUAAGGAUUCCGUGCGCCAAUGCGCCUUAGAUAUCGCGCAAGGUGCCCAGUUACUCGAAUUCGAAAUUCAAGAUUUCUGGGCCUAUUUACGGGUGGCCGGUUGCAUUGCAAAUGAAUAUCUUCCAAAAGAGCCCCCCAAUUUCGCGCCUCAUUUGGCCUUGCAACCGGAAUUCGAGCUCCUCAAUCUUGUAUAUCAUAUUUCUAGGUAUUAUCUGAGCCGAUUUAAGGAUUCCUCGCGACAGGGCACUAUAGACAUGAUGCUGGGUACGCUUUUUCACUUUUUCGCCCUUCGAUUGCCUCAAAUACUUGAUCUUUCAGGAAAUUACGUAUCGGAGGACUUGUUUAACGAGGCAAAAUCUAACUAUGAAGAGGACCAUUUGGCAACUGCAGAGCACGUGAAACUUCUGAUCGAAGACUGUAAGAAAAUGCUGAUUAAUCGGCCGGAAUUAGUGGUGGGCGCCUGGGGCCUCAUCAACGCCGAUCCUUCUACUGGCGACCCGAGCGAAACUGAAAUGGACACCAUUUUAAUCUUGACCAGAGACUCUUAUUACGUGGCCGACUAUGACGAUCAAGUUGAUAAAGUGACCAAGUACCAAAAAGUGGAGCUGCAAGAAAUUGACUUGCUGGAGUUUGGCAUGCCUCAAUCCUCAAGCAACUUAUUCAAAAGCAACAAAAACAAGUUCUGCAUCAGAAUCAACUACAAAGUGAACAACAUCAAAGGGUAUUACCAUAUGUUUCGCUCCACUCAUUUGAGGUUCUUCAACAACAUGGCCGUGGUGAUUAAAAGCGUUGAAGAAGAAAUAGAGUCCUUAAAAACCAUCUGCGAAGCAUUUGCUGUAGCAAUAGAAAUCGCUGAUUUACCGCCAGUGACUUUUAAUAUUGGACAACCCUUGGAUAGAAGAAGAUCGAAAACUGUCCAGGAAAAGACCAGCAGUGGCAUGUAUUUGGAUUUAGUUAAUAUUCCUCAAAUUACCAGAAACGUCUCGGAGACGCAGCUCUCUGCUAUCAAGAACGCUGGAUCGAAAGCGAUCUCGAAUAUGACCCAACAGUUUUCCAAGCUGAACAAAAUUUCGUUGAAAUCGAAACUCAAAUCUAAGCCGAGUUUCACCAUCGGCCAGGAAAAGAAACCAGAUAGUUCCAGCGAAUCAGACGAGGACGAGUAUGAGAAUUCAAUAUUUCAGCCUCAUGGUGCAGGCGAAAGUGAGAUUCCCCAAUAUCCGUCCGAUUCCAGCGAGGAUUUAAGUGUUGAACAAGGCUUGGAAUGUACAGAAAAAUCAUUGGUAGGCAGCGGAGACGUGUUCUUGCCUAGCGUAGGAAUAGUGAUGGGCCAAACGAUCAACACCACCGAUUCACUUAACGCUACUGAAUGCGGAGCCACGUUGACACAAAAGCAAAACUUGCUUAGCCGAGUAGAUUCUGCUCAACUUGACAAUAUGCAACUAUCCAGCAUAAUGCAGACCGUCCCGUGCAUGGGAAACAUGCCGGAAAUCCAACUGAACUCUGAGCAUUUGCAAUCAGGGGACCCAAAAAUCGAUCCACCAAAGUUCCUAAAGCUGGACCAGAAGCACAGUCAUUCAUCCGGUGAAAUCGAUGAUCCAUCCUUGGUAAUCGAACACAAGGAGAUGGAUCGCUCGGCUUCGGAUUAUGAAAUCCAGAAAAACAUCAGUCAAAGCCAAAGCGACUCUGGAUUGAAGCACAAGCUGGCCAUGGCCGGUCCAGUUUCCACAGCCAAAGAAUUGUUCUCGCCUUUGAGUAAGCUGGCAAAGGGCGUGCAGACGUUUGGGGCCAAUUUGGACCCCAGAAAACUGAGCGGACAUGUACGGCAAGUGAGCGCCAGAGACAUGGAAGAGCACAGGAAGUUGCAAGAGAAAUGGGUAAAUAGCAAAUGUAAGUUAAUCGCCCUUUAGGGCUUUCAUAGCGUCUAUAACUGGCUGGUAAUAUACUGAAAGGGCCUAAGUUAUAGCUGUAGUUGAAGGCUUUGUCGGAGAAAAGUAUAGGAGUAUUAGGACGAAAUUAUUAUCCUGUCAAUUAUUGUGAUUUGAUAUUUAUGUAGAAAUUAUAUAGGAGGCAUUUCGAGACGUGUGAUGUCGGUUAAUCGUAGCUAACCGACAAGUAUUUUAGAAAAUUAUUAUUAUCACUCACGGGCCAAAAUGCCAAUUUUUGCGUUAUCCGAGUCGCUUUGCCUAAAUACGCAAUAAUCGAUUCUAUCAGCUGGAUUUUACUUACGUGUGUACUCGAAUUAUUUUGCCCAAAAUAUUAACCACGCUACUUAAGAUGAUUUUUUAAACUGCAUCUGCAGGAAUCUAAUGCGUUUAUUGUUGAACAUUGAAUAUUUAUUGUUGCUCACUAGAAAUUAGGGUUACGUAAACCGAAGCUUAGGUUCCUGAAGGGAGAUUAUGGUAACUAAUAACAUUUUGGAUCGCGAUAUUUAUGCAAUUUAAACCCGACGUUUUAGAAAAAUGGAAUAGAUACUCCGUUGUUUUCGUGAAAAUAUUGUUGAAUUGUUUAGAUUUUUGAGUCGAGAAUUUUUAUCAAUAGCAUUAUUGUGCUUCCAACGUUUGUUUUUAGGGAGAAAACCCGUAGUUAAUGUUUUAAAAAAUGAAUACUUGCAAUGUGCUUGAUUUAAUCUAGUAUGUGAUAUUAAAGAUAGCUUAAUUGUUUUAAGCAAUACAGUUUUUUUGCCAGCAA